GAUCUCAACUGAGAAUGUGGACAGUUAUAGUUAAAUGGAAUAUUGCACCACUAUUGCCGUGCAUAAAUAGCGCUCAGUAAAAAUUGUUACAGCUCAGACUUCCAUGAUGUUGCUGUCUUACAAGACCGCUGGUUCAAAGGUUAGAUAACUUUAUUUAGCGGUCAGAAACUUAAUUGGACUUUGUUUACAAAUAUCUAAUGGUCCCUCUAAGCAGUAACGUUAUCCAUCCUUUGAAAGACCCGAGAUCCAUUUAAACAUAACAGGUGGCAUGAUAAGUUUUUUUUUUUUUUUUCACCGCCCACUCUAAUUCCACAUAAUAAUCGUGAUAAGGAAUGAAAUAAUUAGUCAUAUUGCAAGUCUUAAGAAGUGAACGGCUCACGAGAUAUGGAAAUCACUCUCCGCUAUCCAGUUAUAUCAUUUCUCUUUGCUACUUUCUCUCAUUUUUCGGAAGGUCUUAGUGGAAGGUCCUCUGAUGGGUUAUCUUUUAUCAACUUCAAACCAGAUGAGUAUUUGUAUCUGAAUAUCACCAGUAUUGGUUCAAAUCUUGUUGAAGACGGCAGCGAGUGUGGGUUUGCCUGUUUGGAAAUCCCUUCAUGCUUUUCUUACAACCUCGCAGCAGUCCCUGAUAUCAACAAAAAGAAGCUCUGCGAGCUGCUUCCAUCUGACAAGUACAACAACACGGACAAGUUCAUCGCAAGCCCGGUGUUUCAUCACUUCAGUAUUCCGUCCCCAUGCAGCCGUUGGCCUUGUCAGAACAAUGGAACUUGUGUAUCACAGUACGAGAAGAACAGCUAUGUAUGCCUUUGUACGAAGGAAUUCUCGGGGAAACAUUGCCGAACAAGUAAGAAAGUUUUUCACUCUUAUUGCAUCAUGCGUCUGGGCUUAGUUAGUCCUUGUAUUUCUACUGUAGGUCGGUUAUCCAAUUCUGCUAUAAUUGGUGGAAAUGUAUCUUACCAAAGUCGCCUUUAUCAGUUCCUGACGCCUGCUGUUGGAUUGGACCCUCCGUGGGUGCUGUGUUACCGCGCCUCCACCCACGGCUGGGCUGUCAGUACCUUUCAUAGCAGGUGUGAUGGGAAACGUGACACGGUUGCCAUCAUCAAAAAGGAGCAGUACGUGUUUGGAGGAUACACUGACAUUCCCUGGGAGUCCAGUGGUGGUUAUGGUUCCACUUCCAAUGCGUUCAUAUUUUCUCUCCACAACAAAGAAGGUCUUGGACCAUUCAAGAGCAUGGUAACGGACUCAUCAAAUGCAAUUUACAGGCACUCAAGUUAUGGUCUAACGUUUGGUGCAGGGCAUGACAUCUACAUUGCUGACAAUGCAAACAGUAACACUAAUUCAUACUCAGACUUUGGUCAACACAACGACUACUCUAUUUCAAGUGGAGUACAAGACCAGUACACAAUCCUGGCUGGGACUCGUAACUUCAAACCUGAUGAGGUGGAAGUGUUUUAUCUUGGUUGACUUACCCUAACAU